AGUGCCCCAGUAUGGAUAUGCCAAGCAUUCACGUCUGCAACAAGUUGACAGUAGAGAACCAGCACCUGACCAGACAGGUGAGGAAGUUGAGAAGGAAGAACAGCGGCCUGGAGCAGGAGCUGGGACAGCUGAAGGACCAGGUCAGAGUUCAGACCCUGCUCAGGGACUACGUCACUACCAGGAAUGCAGAGAGCCAGACAGAGUCCCAAUGGCAGUCCAAGCGGGAACAGAGACCCCUACCAACUACCAGCAGACCUGCAGGAAAGCAGGCCAAGGGUGAUGAAGACAAAGUCAACAAACUUCUUGCCAUGCACAACACCCUCCUGAGGAGAUAUGAGAAGGAGGUGAAAACAAAUGCAGAACAUGUGGAGGCCAUAGCAAAUCUGAAUCUAAAAAUCUACGAACUUGAGCAGAGUCUACAGAAGGCUAACCAGCAGGUGGAGAGGCUGCAGCAAUCCCAGCAUGCACCACCAGGCAAGGCCCCAAAGGCUCGUGGGAAGAGAAGUAGAUCCCCCUAUAGGAGAACACCAUCACCUACUGACACUGGUCUUUUACAGGAGAUUAGGAAAUUAAAGCGGGAGAGAGACAAGUUGAACAAGGAAAACCUGAAGUUCAAGAGUGAACUGAAAGGUUUAGAUGCUGGUUUCUUUGAGGAGAUAGAAGAUUUGAAGUACGCACUACAGCAAUCUGCCAAGCUCAACAAGGAGUAUGAGAUGACCAUGAGACAGAUGUGUACGAGGUUUGGGGUUCCCUUCCCGUUCCCUGACUCCAGACAGCCGUCUGCUACUCAUGGGAGGAGAAGCAGAUCGAGAUCAAAUAUUCGAUGACCAGGACUGUUUGUAAUAACCCUCUCACUACUGCUUAACCCUAUAGUGAUAAAUGCUAAGGCCACACCAAUUUGAUUUGUUGUUUCUCGGAUUUGCCCUGUCCAUUUUUUUC